UUACAGCUGCAAGUCCGCGGGCCAACAAGCUGCAACUCGCAACUCCCCAUCACAUCGCGCCAGCGCAUCAGGACACUUUCGAGGGUCAAGAAUACGCUAUCGCUUUCUAGCGUACAAUAUAUCCUCUCAUAUUCUACCAUGGGUGAUCAAAUAUGCCCAGUCCGGCCAAGAAACGCAAGGUCAACGAGUCGGAAGCUCCGCAGCAGCGUAUGAGGAGUAUCGAAUCCUUCUUCCAAGGACAAGCUACCAAGCGCGCAAAGAAAACCGAGGAGUCGCAGGAAAAUAUCACAUCAGAUAAUCAGGACGCACUCUCAGAUGAAGCACUUGCUCGCAAACUACAGGCGGAAUGGGAUAAAGAGGACGGCUCGUCUUCAUCAGCUACCAAACCCUCAGGAAAUACAGCGCAAUUGGAUGAGUUGAACAGUACUUCCAAUGACGGAAGUUCAAAGGAUACCACUUUGAAACAGGUCAUCUCGUCUCCAAAGAAAGAGACACUAUCUUUACAGUCUUCGACAGGCACGGAAGAUGCGAUCUCAUUAACUGUUCCUUUUGAUCAGAGCCCUUUGACCUUUGAGCCAUCCAAAUACGUGGACGAGCUCAGGGCAUACUGGGCAUCCGAGGGUGGAGAUGCAUCGUACGCACUAUUAACAAGAGCCUUCGUUCUUGUGAACAGUACACAGAGCAGAAUCAAGAUCGUGGACACCUUGGUGAAUCUGUUGAGGGUCCUUAUUGAAGGAGACCCAUCGAGUCUACUCCCUGCUGUCUGGUUGGCAACGAACUCCUUUGCGCCUCCAUAUGUUCCUCUGGAGCUUGGCUUGGGAGGUUCUGCGAUAUCGAAAGCGUUGAAGAAGGUCUUUGGUCUCAAUAGCCAGGGUCUCAAGACACUUUACGACAAGCACGGCGACGCUGGAGACGUCGCUUUUGAAGCCAAAAAGAGACAAACGUUUACAUUGAGAAAACCCAAGCCUUUGACAAUCAAAGGUGUAUAUCAAUCGUUGGUGAAGAUCGCAAAGAGCAAAGGUACCGGGAGCCAAGAGACAAAGCAGCGGAUCGUCGAGAAAUUGCUUCAAGACACCCGAGGGGCUGAAGAAAGCAGAUACAUCGUGAGGACUCUGGUGCAGCAUCUGCGUAUCGGAGCAGUCAAAACGACGAUGCUAAUUGCGCUUGCUCGAGCGUUCUUGAUUUCGAGGCCAGUAGGCGCGGAAUUCUCUAUUCGUUCGACGACGGAGCUUUCGCGUCUGAAGAAAGAAGAGCUUGCGGCACUAUAUAGCGGUGCCGAAGAGAUUGUGAAAGCAUCCUACGCAAGACAUCCUAAUUAUGACGAUCUCGUUCCUUGCCUCCUCGAGAUCGGAGUAACAGAGGAACUAUUGAUCCGCUGCGGACUGUGUCUUCAUAUUCCUCUGCGGCCAAUGCUGGGUAGCAUCACGCGUGAUCUUGCUGAUAUGCUUACAAAGCUUCAGGGUAGAGACUUUAGUUGCGAGUACAAGUAUGAUGGUCAACGUGCACAGGUUCAUUGCGACGCUCAGGGAAAGGUUUCGAUAUUCUCCAGACAUCUAGAACUCAUGACGGACAAAUACCCUGAUCUUGUAUCUCUGGUACCUGAGAUCCGCGGCGAGGGCGUCUCCAGCUUCAUCCUCGAAGGAGAAGUGGUCGCCGUCGACCAGGAGACGGGCGAGUUGAAGACCUUCCAGGUACUGACAAACCGUGCGAAGAAGAACGUCGAGAUAGGUGCCAUCAAGGUCAAGGUGUGUCUUUUUGCAUUUGAUCUGAUGUACUUGAAUGGCCAACCUUUGCUUGACCGGCCGUUCCGAGAACGGAGGGAGCUGCUUCGGAGCCUAUUCGUGGAAAUCCCAAAUAGGUUUACCUGGGUCAAGAGUCUGGAUGCGACAUCCGCAGACUCGGAUGCUGUGUUGGAGUUCUUCAAGAGUGCUACAGAUGCAAAAUGCGAAGGUAUCAUGGUCAAGGUCCUCGACAAUGCAUCUCCAUCGGGUCCGGCCCUAGACUCGGCGGACCCAAUGCAAGAUACGGACGAGGCCAAGGCUCUCAAAGCCGAAUCAAGCAACAGUCGAGAAUCUAAGAAUGGCGGUUCGACCGAGAUCAAAGAGACCCGAUCACGACGGAAAGCACUCUUGUCGACCUAUGAACCAGAUAAACGUCUAGAUUCGUGGUUGAAGGUCAAGAAGGAUUACAGUACAGCGUCUGACACGCUUGACUUGAUCCCCAUCGCAGGAUGGCACGGACAAGGCCGAAAGGCCAAGUGGUGGUCUCCCGUCCUCAUGGCAGUGCGUGAUCCAGAAUCAGGGAGCCUCCAAGCAGUCACAAAGUGCAUGUCCGGCUUUACGGACAAGUUCUACCAGAGUAUGAAAGAGAAGUAUGCCGAAGGCAGCGACAACGUUAUCGCGCGACCCAGUUACGUUGAAUAUUUUGGCGAACCAGAGGUAUGGUUUGAGCCACAGGAAGUGUGGGAGAUGGCCUUUGCCGACAUCACACUUAGUCCGACUUAUACUGCCGCCAUUGGACUCGUGAGCGAUGAGAGAGGUCUUAGUCUCCGCUUCCCACGCUUUCUCAGAGUCCGUGAAGACAAGACGAUCGACGAGGCGAGCACCUCGGACUACCUUGCGAGUCUAUACAGAAAACAGGUAGAACGGUCGAAGACUGAGGAGCAGGAUAAGCCAGCAAAUGAAGAGGACACGCUGGGCUGGCAGGAGGACUAGCCGUGGGGAGCUUCGCUUGGAUAUUCUAGUGGAAUUCCUCCUUGGAAACGUACUCUAGAGUAGAGCGGUAAUUUUCAUUAUCUUAUGCCUCUUUUGCAAGAAACGUUGGGUGCUGCAUUAUGUCCUUGGGCCUAACGAACAUUGUACAUAUAUAUACACACAUAUAUAUGUAUCUACGACCUCAUCUACAUAAUACCAGCCAAAAGGAUAUAUGUAUAUGCAUAUACCUACACAAUCGACUAUUACCCCCUAAUUAACCAAAAUAACCACUCUACAAAGACCACUUCCCAUGAUAAUAACCCGUCUCGCCAGAAUCGAUCAUCCCACCUCUAGCGCCAAGACCACCCUCAAAUGCCCUACGUCAUCCCCUCUCCCGCCCUAAAAUUAGACAAAAACCAAAAAGAAAAAUCCCCAUUGGCAGGAUAGAGUUCAGCCCAAGGCAGCCAGGGCCCACCGCCAACA